UAAGGCAGGAGAAGGGAUCAUUGGAGUGAAGGCCUUGUAAGUGAGGGAGGGCAGGGCUUAGGGAGGGGAGGUAGGAGAGGCAGGCAGAGUGCUUGAGUCCUGGAGUCCUGGCUCUGAGUGCGAUUGGAGGAAGGGCUCAUUAUGAGGACCUCAGGGGCUGGAUCGGGAGGUGCUCUUGGGACUAGGAGGAGCCUUCCUGAGUGGGCUGAUGGGAAGCCGGAAGUCUUUGAGCUGUGAUCCCUCUGCCUUCCAGAAGCCAGCUCUGUGCUUGUAGAUCCCAGGCCAGCCUCCUGCCUUGGAGGAGAAAGGAAAGACCUCUCCCCUUCUGGGAUUCUUCUCCCUCCCCAGCUCUGUCUGCAGAGGACAUAGGACUGACCCAAGCAGGAUUGAGAGAGAAUGGCUCCUAAGAGCAGCAGACCUGCAGCCCAGGAGUCAGUGACAUUCAAGGAUGUGGCUGUGGACUUCACCCAGGAGGAGUGGGGGCUCUUGGACCCCCCUCAGAAGGAGCUGUACAAGGAGGUCAUGCUGGAGAAUGCCUGGAACCUGCUCUCCCUGGGGCUUCCUGUUCCCAGAGAAGAUGUGAUCUCUUAUUUUGAGCAAAGGGAAACACGGUGGAUGCUGGAGCAAGAAGGCCUGAGGCGCUGCUGUCCAGGAAAGAACAAACUGGAAAUAAAGGAGACUCCUGCAGAGAUAGGCCUUUCUGAGGAAGAAACUCGCCAGCAAAGAUGCAUAAAUAAUGAUCCCUCUGAUUUUGAUAGGAGAGAAAUCUGUGCUGCAACACAUCAGAGAAUCCACACUGGGGAAAAACCUUUUGAAUGUAAUCAAUGUGGAAAGACUUUCCCUUCAAGGUCACAUCUUGUUAACCAUCAGAGAAUCCACACUGGAGAGAAACCUUUUGAAUGUAAUCAUUGUGGAAAGAUUUUCACAUGGAAGUCAAUUCUUGUUAAACAUCAGAGAAUCCAUACUGGAGAGAAACCUUUUGAAUGUAGUCAAUGUGGAAAGACUUUCACAUGGAGGUCAACUCUUGUUAACCAUCAGAGAAUCCAUACUGGAGAGAAACCUUUUGAAUGUAAUCAAUGUGGAAAGACUUUCACAUGGAGGUCCUAUCUUGUUAAACAUCAGAUAAUCCACACUGGAGAGAAACCUUUUGAAUGUAAUCAGUGUGGAAAGACUUUCACAUCUAGGUCCCAUCUUGUUAACCAUCAGAGAAUCCAUACUGGAGAGAACCUUUUUGAUUGUAAUCAUUGUGGAAAGAUUUUCACAUGGCCAUCAGAUCUUGUUAAACAUCAGAGAAUCCACACUGGAGAGAAACCUUUUGAAUGUACUCAAUGUGCAAAGACUUUCACAUGGAGGUCAGCUCUUGUUAACCAUCAGAGAAUCCACACUGGAGAGAAACCUUUUGAAUGUAAUCAGUGUGGAAAGACUUUUAUAUGGAAGUCACAUCUUGUUAACCAUCAGAUAAUCCACAGUGUAGAGAAACCUUUUGAAUGUAAUCAAUCUGGAAAGACUUUCACAUCGAGCUACCAUCUUGUUAACCAUCAGAGAAUCCACACUGGAGAGAAAACUUUUGAAUGUAAUCAUUGUGGAAAGACUUUCACAUGGAUGUCAGAUCUUGUUAAACAUCAGAGAAUCCACUCUGGAGAGAAACCUUUUGAAUGUACUCAAUGUGCAAAGAGUUUCACGUGGAGGUCAGCUCUUGUUAACCAUCAGAGAAUCCACACUGGAGAGAAACCUUUUGAAUGUAAUCAAUGUGGGAAGACUUUCCCUUGGAGGUCCCAUCUUGUUUACCAUCAGAGAAUUCACACUGGAGAGAAACUUUUUGAAUGUAAUCAAUGUGGAAAGACUUUCACAUGGAUGUCAGAUCUUGUUAAACAUCAGAGAAUUCAUUCUGGAGAGAAACCUUUUGGAUGUAAUCAAUGUGGAAAGAGUUUCACAUGGAGGUCAGCUCUUCUUCAACAUCAAAGAAUCCACACUGGAGAGAAACCUUUUGAAUGUAAUCAAUGUGGAAAGACUUUCACAUGGAGGUCAGGUCUUGUUAACCAUCAGAGAAUCCAUACUGGAGAGAAAUGUUAUGAAUGUAGUCACUGUGGUAAAGCCUUCAUUGUAAAGUCAGCCCUUGUUUCUCAUCAGAGAAUUCAUAGGAAAUAGGAAUCUUAUAUAACUGACAUGAAUGAGGAAAGGCUUGAAAUGGAGUACAGAGCUUCUUUGACCACACAAAAUUCAUUCUGGUUAUAAAACAUCUAUGAACUUAGUGUCAGAAGCCUUUCAGCCAGAAAUGGUCUCUUAUCUGCUCAUUAGAGGAGUUAUAGUAUAAAGAAGCUUUAUGAAUGUGCUCAUCUGGGAUGCGCUUUUUUUCUGGAACAUUGAGGUUACUGGUAAAGGUCAAGUUUUUUGCCUGAUUAUAAAGGAAAGGUGAAAUAAAAGAAAAUAAUGCAUGCCAACCCUCCAGUUUACAAAACAAAUAAAAAAGGAGGUAAUAGGGUCAUGAAUUGCAUGCUUUUGUGAAGAAAGGCAUCUGGAUGUUCUCAGAAAUAGAAUGUCUUCAGAAUGAGGAAAAGGGUUUGAAUCAGUAUUAUGUCAACUGGGGAACAAUGUUUGGUGAAGGGAAGACAUCAGCAUGAUUUGACCAAGGGUAUAAAAAUUGGGGGAAUUUGGGGGAAUUUUGUGGUCUCCCAAAGGUCACCUGUAUGUAUGGCCUACAUUACAUGUAUGUUUCAGCCUACAUUAAGGCUACAUGCAUGUGACAAAGAACUUCUCAUUUAACUUUCUGCUUCUGGAUUUUUGUGACUCACCAAUCAUAGUGAUAAGGAAGGAAUUGCUAUGAUGGCCUUUAGGAAGAGCAGAACCAUUGUGGAAAAAAGCAGCCACUAGUAGGAAGGUAAGAGGCCCUGUGAUUUGUAUCAAAAUAGCCUCCCAUCUUUGCUCCUGCUCCCCCAGCCUAGAAGGGGGAUCUAAAAAACUAAAUUCCAUCUAAGGUGUAUCUGGGGUGAUUGUCAGUCAAAGGGAUCUUGAGGGACUUCUAGAGGAGAUAAUUUGGUGUAUCAGUAAAUCCCAAGUGACCUUUACCUUUGGUCUGGUCAGCCAAAGGGAAAAAAGUGCAAAUAGAAUGAAAAGUUUUCUGUGGAACUUUGAAAACCUUUUAAAAAAACUAAGAGUCUCAAUGCAGAGAUAUGUUCCAUGUGAUUGUACAUAUAUAACCUAUAUCAGAUUGCUUUCUGUCUUG